UAAGUCAGUCAGGGUCUAAGUGUGGCAUCAUGAAUAAAUCGGACUCUUACGAGAUGUUUGUGGAGAUGGACAAAAUGGAUGGGGACAUAGAUGUGAAGAUCAAGAAGAAAAAGAUCAAGAAAAAAGAAAAACUGGAGCACAUGAAAAAGGAGAUGGACAUUGAUGAUCAUGAAAUCACAAUAGAGGAAUUAGAGAUGAGAUACUCAACCAGUGUUACCAAGGGUCUGACCUCAUGCAUGGCCCAGCAAGUCCUGGAGCGAGACGGGCCCAAUGAGCUCAAGCCUCCCAAGGGCACACCCGAGUAUGUUAAGUUCGCCCGGCAACUGGCUGGAGGACUGCAGUGUCUUAUGUGGGUUGCAGCUGUCAUCUGCUUUAUCGCGUUCGGCAUUGAGUGUGCAAAGGAUGAGGUCGCCAGCUAUGACAAUCUCUAUCUGGCCAUUACUCUUAUUGCGGUUGUUGUGGUGACCGGCUGUUUUGGCUACUACCAGGAAUUCAAGAGCACCAAUAUCAUUGCCAGUUUCAAAAAUCUGGUACCACAGCAAGCCAUAGUGAUUAGGGAUGGCCAGAAAAACCAGAUCAAUGCGACCUUGCUUGUGGUUGGCGAUCUGGUGGAGAUCAAAGGAGGUGACCGUGUUCCUGCUGACAUCCGCAUUAUCACCUCACAGGGCUGCAAAGUAGAUAAUUCAUCUCUGACUGGCGAGUCAGAGCCUCAGACCAGGAGCCCGGAGUACACCCACGAGAGUCCGCUGGAGACACGCAACGUUGCCUUUUUUUCCACCACCUGCCUGGAGGGCGUUGCCACGGGUCUGAUCAUCAACACUGGCGACCGCACCAUCAUUGGACGUAUCGCCAGCCUUGCCUCUGGUGUGGGCAAUGAGAAGACCCCCAUUGCCAUUGAGAUUGAGCAUUUUGUCGACAUCAUUGCUGGCCUGGCCAUAUUCUUUGGCUUUACAUUCUUUGUGGUAGCCAUGUUUAUUGGUUAUGCCUUCCUGGAGGCCAUGAUCUUCUUCAUGGCUAUCGUGGUGGCUUACGUACCUGAGGGACUUUUGGCUACAGUUACUGUGUGUCUCUCUCUGACUGCCAAACGGCUGGCCAGGAAGAACUGUGUGGUGAAGAACUUAGAAGCAGUGGAGACCCUGGGCUCCACCUCUGUCAUCUGCUCAGACAAGACUGGCACCCUGACGCAGAACCGUAUGACCGUGGCUCAUCUGUGGUUCGACAACAUGAUCCAUGCUGCGGAUACUACAGAGGACCAGUCAGGUCAGAGUUUUGACCAGUCCUCAGAAACGUGGCGAGCGCUGGGACGAGUGGCAAGUCUGUGCAAUCGGGCAAUUUUCAAGCCCAAUCAGGAAAGUGUGCCUGUACCCAAGAGAGAAGUGGUUGGCGAUGCCUCUGAGACAGCCCUGCUGAAGUUCACAGAGUUAACCAUUGGUAACAUCAUAGACUACAGAGCACGAUUCAAAAAGGUCUGUGAGGUGCCUUUCAACUCUACCAAUAAGUUUCAGCUGUCAAUACAUGAGCUGGAGGAUCCACUGGACUUGCGUUACCUGCUGGUGAUGAAGGGGGCGCCAGAGAGAAUUUUGGAACGCUGCUCAACGAUCCUGAUCAAGGGCCAGGAGCUGCCGCUGGAUGAGCAAUGGAAAGAGGCAUUCCAGACUGCAUACAUGGAUCUGGGAGGUCUUGGCGAGAGAGUGCUGGGUUUCUGCCACCUGUACUUGAAUGAGAAGGAGUUUGCCCGUGGGUACAACUUUGACACUGAUGACAUGAACUUCCCCACAUCUGGCUUGUGCUUUGCGGGUCUCAUUUCUAUGAUUGACCCACCUCGUGCUACAGUGCCUGAUGCUGUCAUGAAAUGUCGCACAGCAGGCAUCCGUGUUGUCAUGGUCACUGGAGACCACCCCAUCACAGCAAAAGCAAUUGCUGCAAACGUUGGCAUCAUAUCAGAGGGCAGUGAGACAGUGGAGGACAUUGCCGCCAGACUGAGAAUUCCUGUGGAGCAAGUUAAAAAGAGCGAUGCCCGUGCAUGUGUAAUUAAUGGAGGCCAGCUGAAGGAGAUGACCAGUGACGAGCUGGACGAAGCUUUGCGGAAUCAUCCAGAAAUGGUGUUCGCCCGCACCUCCCCCCAGCAGAAACUCAUCAUUGUUGAAAGCUGUCAGCGUCUGGGCUCCAUUGUGGCUGUGACAGGGGAUGGGGUGAAUGACUCCCCUGCUCUGAAGAAGGCAGACAUUGGGAUCGCCAUGGGCAUCGCUGGUUCUGAUGCUGCCAAAAAUGCUGCAGACAUGAUCCUGCUGGAUGAUAACUUCGCCUCUAUCGUAACAGGAGUAGAACAAGGUCGUCUCAUCUUUGAUAACCUAAAAAAGUCCAUUGCCUACACUCUGACAAAGAACAUUCCAGAGCUGACCCCCUACCUCAUCUACAUUACUGUCAGUGUACCACUGCCUCUAGGCUGUAUCACUAUUCUCUUCAUCGAGCUCGCCACUGACAUUUUUCCCUCAGUAUCUCUGGCCUAUGAAAAAGCUGAGAGUGACAUCAUGCAUCUAAAGCCCAGAAACCCACGGAAAAAUAGGCUGGUGAAUGAAGCACUAGCUGUCUACUCUUACUUUCAGAUAGGAGCAAUCCAGUCUUUUGCUGGUUUCACAGAUUACUUCACAGCAAUGGCCCAGGAGGGCUGGUACCCACUGCUGUGUGUGGGCCUCCGCUCUCAGUGGGAAAAUGUGCGACUACAGGACCUGCAGGACAGCUAUGGACAAGAAUGGACAUACAGCCAGCGUUUGUAUCAGGAGUAUACCUGCUACACGGUGUUCUUCGUCAGCAUCGAAGUCUGCCAGAUUGCAGAUGUGUUGAUCAGGAAAACCCGACGUCUCUCUGUCUUCCAACAGGGCUUUUUCAGAAAUCGUGUGCUUGUGGCUGCAAUAGUGUUCCAGCUAUGUCUUGGCAAUCUGCUCUGCUACUGCCCAGGGAUGCCAAACAUCUUCAACUUCAUGCCCAUUAGAGUACAGUGGUGGUUUGUGCCUCUGCCAUAUGGUAUACUAAUCUUCGUGUAUGAUGAGAUAAGGAAAUUGGGGGUGAGAAGACAUCCGGGCAGCUGGUGGGAUCAGGAGUUGUAUUACUGAGGCAGCAGGCUCAUUUAUUGUUGAAUGACAUGAUUAUUUUGUGGGGAUAAACUAUAUCUGACAUCAGCGAAUGAUAAUGUUUUUAUAUGUGGUAUGAAAUUUCACAAAUUUCAUUUAAAAAAUAUAAAUAAA